ACUCUUGAUUACAAAAAGUACUAACCUGUUUAAAAGGUAGGAAGAUUCAAGAUGCAAUUGAACGACUUGGCAUCAAUUGAACUGCCGCCUACGGCGGAUAUGCAUGUUCAUCUUCGGCAAGAUGGCAUGAUGGAACUAUGCACCCCCUUAGUAGAGAAGGGGGGCUGUGAUACAGUCUUUGUGAUGCCCAAUCUUACGCCAAAGAUAGGCACUGUGUCGCAAGCAUUGGAAUAUCAUGAGAAGCUGCAAAAACUUGCUCCCAAUGUCAAAUUUCUCAUGUCACUUUAUUUGCAUACGGGUUUAACGGAAGAGGAAAUUGAAAAGGCUGCCAAGUCAGGAGUUGUCUAUGGGGUCAAGUUUUACCCUGCCGGUGUGACAACAAACUCUCAAGAAGGCGUACUCGACAUAGAACAGCUAUACCCAGUCUUUGCCGCUAUGGAAAAACACGAUCUCGUUCUCAACUUACACGGCGAAAUGAUGAGCACUCCACCCAGCGCUGUGGGGAAACAAACAGAACCUGUCGUUACUGUACUCAACGCCGAGCCACUUUUCAUUCCUCAACUUGCUAAACUACAUGCUGCUUUCCCAAAAUUGAGAAUCAUUUUGGAGCAUGUAAGUACCAAGCAAGGUUUAGAUGCUGUCCGUGCCUGCGGGCCUAAUACAUCUAACGACUAUUUAGCGCAUCACCUUCAUAUCACGAUUGAUGAUGCAGUUGGAGAUGUGUUCAACUUCUGCAAGCCAAUUGCAAAGACGCCAGAAGAUCGCUUGUCUCUAGUCAAGGCUGUUGUUGAAGGAUCCGGAAAAUUCUUCUUCGGAAGUGAUUCCGCACCUCACCCAGUCCAGUCCAAGAAAGGUUCAGGAGCAACUGCCGCCGGAUGCUUCACACAGCCAUACGUAACUCAAGUUGUCAUCGAAGCUCUUGAGGUGGCGGCUGACCAAGGAUGGAUUAGCGAGAAUGAGCUUACCUUGGAAGCGAUCGAGGGCUUUUUAUCAGGAUUUGGCCGCAAAUUCUAUAAAUUACCUCCUGCCAGCUCAACAAAAAGGAUUCGUUUGGAGAAAAUGGGAGAGAAGAUUCCGGAUAUUAUCAGAUCUGCGGAUGGUGCUGUUGAGAUUGUUCCAUGGGGGAGAGGGCGGGAGGUCAGAAAAAAUUAUGUUUUUACGGUAUCGAGCAUCAGCUUCCCAUUCCGCGAAUUGUCGUAUGCCUCCGGCAAGGGUUCUGUCCUACAAGCUAUCUCCGGCAUCGCUUUCCUGAUCAAAAGUGGUGGCGGUUGUACUCACUUCCCAAUCGAGCUUUCCUUCCGUAAAGAGUCUCACAACAAGGUUCAUUACGAUAGAUUUACCCCCUUACGACAGCUCCGCGAAAGGCUAGACGACUUUGACGGGCUUCCAGCGCUUAUUGAGAAAGCCGGGAGUGUCAUGCGCGAAUCUACGUCCGUAGAGGAUAUAAAUGGUUACUAUAAAGAUGUGUUGAGGGUCAGAAUCACCGGACCUGAUCAGCCUCUCGUGACCAUCGUCGACUUACGAGGGUUGAUACCUCUGGAGUACUCAGAUGAGCAGACUAUGAGAUAUGCGCAAUUGGUACAUGAUCUCGUCGAAUCCUACAUUAUCAAACCAGGGAGUAUCAUUCUUGCCGUCAUCUCGGCUAAGGAUGACUUCGCCAACCAAGCUGUUUUGAGCUUGCUUCGCAAUAUCGCUCGGCAUCGUACUCGAACAUUGAGUGUCCUUACACAUCCCGAUGCCCUCAGCAGUCCUGAAGAAAGGUAUCACGGCAGAAUUGAUCCUUUGAGAGCCGAGCUCGAAAGGAUGAUUGAAAUAAACCAGAACCAACUGAACAAAAUCGGAGCUCCACCAUCAAUUUUGGACGAGCAACGAGAGCAUCUACUUCAAAUCAGCCAACAGAUUCAGUUCCUCGUCAGAACCUCCAUGGAUGGCACAUACAACGAUUCUUUUUUUGAAGAUCCGAACUCCCCAAACGGCUGUAGAAGGCGCUCGCGAGCAAUCAUACGGAAUCUAAGCCAGGAUUUUUCUGAUGAAAUGGAAAUAAGAGGUCAAGAAAUAUUCAGGCCUGCUUUGACAGAACUACAAGAUGAUAUGAGGUCGAAAAACCGAAAAGCUAUUGAUGCCUUAUACAAUGAGAACCGUCAGGUCGACGAUACUGUAGCGGCACUUAGGGAAUCUUUCCAUGACAUUCAUAGUGCCAUGAUCCUUAACAGGGACAUUAUUUCAUUAGCGAGGAAAAUCGUUUAG